ACACGGCCCUGCUGCAGCCCCACGACCGCCUGAUGGGGCUCGACCUGCCCGACGGGGGACACCUCACGCAUGGGUACAUGUCGGACGUCAAGAGAAUCUCAGCAACUUCCAUCUUCUUUGAGUCGAUGCCCUACAAACUUGACCCAGCCACAGGACUGAUUGACUAUGACCAGCUGGAGGUGACGGCGCGGCUCUUCCGUCCUCGUCUCAUCAUCGCCGGCACCAGCGCGUAUGCCCGCCUCAUUGACUACGCUCGCAUGAAGAAGGUGUGCGAGGAGGUGAAGGCGUACCUGCUGGCAGACAUGGCGCACAUCAGCGGGCUGGUGGCAGCCAAGGUCAUCCCCUCGCCCUUCGAGCAUGCCGACCUGGUCACCAGCACCACGCACAAGACCCUGCGUGGUGCCAGGUCGGGACUGAUCUUCUACCGCAAGGGCGUGCGCUCCGUGGAGAAGAAGACGGGCAAGGAGACGCUCUACGACCUGGAGGACAGGAUCAACUUUGCCGUCUUCCCCUCCCUGCAAGGGGGGCCCCACAACCACGCCAUUGCUGCUGUGGCUGUAGCCCUCAAACAGGCCAGCUCGCCGGCUUUCCGCCAGUACUGCCAGCAGGUGCUGAAGAACGCCAAAGCCAUGGCGCAGGCCCUGCUGCAACGCGGGUACACCCUGGUGUCAGGUAACACCUCCAUCCCUGCCCAGGACUUGGAGGGGUGAGGUGGCAGGGGACAGUGGCACUGCCCGGUCUCAAC